AUGUCGAGGUCUACGCGGGCGGCAUCAAAUGCGGCGAGGGUCACGCGGAGUACUGCCGCUGCCACAGUUAGGAACAAGAAAGAGUCGAAACAGGAAGAACAGGAUCCUUUGAUCAAGAAAGAGCUGGAAUCACCUCAGAAGCCCUCCCGGGAACUUCGAAAGCGAACAUCGUCAAUCGCAGUCAACGACACAAAGAACAGGAAGAGGGUCAAGACUGAAGACGACAAGACUGGUCUGAUCAGUCCAUCUCCCUCUGAUGACCUCUCUACAUCCUCAACGCUUCCUGCAGAGUCGAAAUCUAAGAAAUCAACAGGGUCAGAUCUGCAGUCGAAAAAGCUGAAGUCCUAUACCCAAUUUGCAAAUCAAUCUCCAUUCCCUGACUUCCCUCACCCCACGCCCGAAGAAUGCAAACUAGCACACCGAAUCCUCGCCUCGCUGCACGGCCCACGCACACGCCCAAAAGAAGUCGUUGCAUCGACUACUCGAGCGGGAUGCGGCGACUCUCCCUCUGUCCUCGACGCUCUUGUCCGUACUAUUCUCUCACAAAACACCAGCGACGUCAACUCGACGCGAGCGAAAUUAAACAUGGACGAGGUGUAUGGUGGUAGUGAUAAAUGGGAGGCCAUCGUGGCAGGAGGCCAAACAAAAUUGCAAGAAGCGAUCAAAUGCGGUGGUCUUAGUGUGGUGAAAAGCAAAGUCAUCAUCAGCAUCCUCAAACAGGUGUAUGAAAAGUACGGGAAAUAUUCGCUAGAUCACUUGCACAGUGCGCCAAGCGAAGAGGCAAUGCGAGAGAUGCUGUCUUUCCAAGGUGUAGGCCCCAAGACUGCCAGCUGCGUGUUGCUCUUUUGUCUCCAGCGAGAGAGUUUUGCCGUCGAUACUCAUGUUUGGCGUAUCACGGGUUUACUGGGCUGGAGACCCAAACAUGCCUCGAGAGAUGAGACGCAUGCACAUUUGGACGUGAUGAUUCCAGAUGAAGAUAAAUACGGUCUUCAUAUAUUGCUAGUGACGCAUGGGAAAAGGUGUGAAGAAUGUAAAGCUGGAGGGAAGAAUUUAGGAAACUGUGAGUUGAGGAAAGCGUUUAGGCAAAGUAAGAUAUUAGGGGAAGCCGGUGAGGCUGCGAAGAAGAUGGAGAUGGAGGAGACCCUGAAAGACAUAGAAGUAGAUGAGGAGGCUGAGCAAAUCAGGAAAGUUGAAGAGGUUCUCACUCAGCGGUAA